AAUACCAUAUAGAAGAAAUGGCAUCUACCUACGAAACACUUGGAAAUAAGAUGCCUAUGGGAUCACUAACUGCAGCUUACCUUGCAAUUUUGCUUGCCUGUGCAAAUUUGGCAAUAACUGUUGCAGCAGUUGACCCCAUUGCAGCCACCGGGAAAGAACCUGUUAUUGAGCUAUACAUGCACGACAUUCUGGGGGGUAGUAACCCAACAGCUCGACCAGUGACCGGCUUGCUGGGAAGCAUAUACAGUGGUCAAGUACCGUUUGCAACGCCAGUAGGAUUCAACACACCUCAAGGUGCGAUUCCCAUCCCCAAUGCCAACGGUGCUAACCCCACUGUCAAUGGAGUUUUUGGUAUUCCACUAGGAACUGGAUUGGCCGGUACUUCAUUUGCACCAAACUCAGGUAACAACAACAACAACCAAAACAUUGCCCAGCUGCAGUUAGGACCUGAUGGACUGGGACUAGGCUUUGGUACAAUAACUGUCAUUGAUGAUAUGCUGACCUCUCAACCUGAAGGAGGGUCCCAACUAGUUGGGAAGGCUCAAGGAGUAUAUGUGGCAAGUUCAGCUGAUGGGACUAGACAGAUGAUGGUUUUUACAGCCCUGUUUGAAGGAGGGGAAUAUGGUGAUAGCUUGAACUUUUAUGGCCUGUAUAAGAUAGGAAGCACCAUGUCAAGAAUAUCUGUGCUAGGGGGCACAGGGAAGUACAAGAAUGCAAGGGGUUUUGCAGAACUGAGAGCUCUUAUCCCACCGGGACAGAUUUCCACUGAUGGUGCAGAGACGCUGCUGAGGAUCACUGUCUAUUUGAAAUACUAAAACUGGGUGCUGUUUGAUCACUGAUGACUGAGAUUGGUCUUGUAUAUUGUCAGUUUGAUACCGUUUGCAGAAUGUAUUUGAAAUCCUAGUUGUGUUCCCAAGAAAAGAUAUGCUGAUUUGCUUUUUCUUCUUUUUUUUACAGAAAAUGAUACACUAUGGCGCUUUAAGUAUUUGUGG